AUGCCCGCAACAAUGGCAGACUCUCAGCAACCGUCCCGCGACUCCCGAUCCGGCGCUUUCAUCCGUGGCGCAGGCAAUGUCGAUCCAGAGAACAAAAUGUGGUGGCCUGCGCGCUGGGUCGCGCAAAUGGUGCAGUAUUUGGUCGCGAUUGUUGUGAUAACAAUCGCAGAAGGCUUCAAAGCCAUUGUCAGCGGUGAGAAGCCGAAAGGACGGCGCAGUAAGCAGUGA